AUGGGACGCAAAUCAAAGCGCCUGCGUUUCAAGUCCAAAUUUAUUACAGCUGAACUGGCUCAACUAUUCAGUCAUUCGGAUAGCGAGGAGGAAUUUGAAGGUUUCAGUGAGGACGAAAGAGUGGUUAAAGGACGUUCAAACAAUAAAUUCAACACUAAGGUGGUGGAGCCAGAAGAUGGCAGUGAUGUGGACACAGGUUUCUAUUCUGAUGGUGAGGAGACACCAAAACCAAAGAGAAGUCUUUUAGUAGCUCUCAGAUUUCCAGUCAAACAGUCACCCACCCCAAAACGGGAGCCGCAAGCAAAAAUCGUCAAGAAGCCAGUUAAGGAGACUGUGGCACAGAGGGUGCGGCACAGGAUGAAGAAGGAAGAAGUUGGACAAAGAGAUGAACAGACAAAGAAGAAGGUAGAAGAAGAGCCUGUGUGCCAAGCCCUAAGCAAGCGGGACAAAAACAUCCAGGAGAAUAAAGCCAAGCUGGCUGAGCUGUUUGCUGACCUCGCUUCAAUAGCUGACCUGACUUUACCCCAGACACCUCAAAUGAAGAAGCGCAGACAAGUGAAAACAACACCUCGCAAGCGCAAAUUAGAACAGGAAAGUGGCUCGGAACGGAGGAACCCGUCCCGCAAGGCUCGACCUCCUGAGAACUUUGCGGUGGACCAAGUGUGCGAGCCAUUGCCGCGGAGUGGCCCCAGGGCGGUAGACCUCAGGAGACUUUUAGAGGUGGAUGAAGAAAGCGCCGGCAACAAUCCGAAAAAGAGGAGGAGCCACAGACGCAGUCAAUACGAGUACAAGUCAGUUGAUGAAAUCACCGAAGAUGACUUGGAGAACAUUGCGUACCGAAGCAAAGAUAAGAUCUGGGACAAGGACCAUGGAAGCUCUUGCCAUCAGUGCAGACAAAAAACACUUGACACAAAAACCGUGUGCCGCAGCGGCUUCUGUUCUGCGGGUAAAGGCCAGUUCUGCGGACCGUGCCUGAAGAACCGCUACGGCGAAGACGUGCGCACCGUACUGCUCGACCCGACAUGGUCAUGUCCUAUCUGUCGAGGAAUGUGUAACUGCAGCUUGUGUCGGAAGAAAGAGGGUCGCUGCGCCACUGGGAUUUUGGUCGGGCUGGCCCGCUAUAACGGCCAUGACAACGUCCAUGAGUAUUUGGAAAGAUGA